CUCCAGAACCUAGUCAAGGCGUGGCAAUGGAUCAAGGACUUGCCCUCUCAUGACCCCAACUCUUUUUUUUGCAUCGCCGGCUUUCACGGCGAGCCCUUUCGCGGUCCAGGCGUAACGGAUGCUAACUGGUGGGGAGGCUAUUGCAACCACGGCAAUGUCCUGUUCCCGACCUGGCACCGCGCUUAUAUCUUGCGCCUGGAAAAUGCUCUCAGAUCUGCUCCUGGUUGCGAGGAUUUGACGAUGCCAUACUGGGAUGAGACGCUCGUUUCCGGCGAGAAGCCCAUUCCGUCCAUCUUCACAGACCCCGAAUUUGAGGGCAAACCGAACCCUCUCUGCUCGUACACUUUGCAAGAAACGCUUGUACACAAUGUCAAGGGAGCAAAUGGGCGCUACACUAAGAAAAAGGGAUAUGCUACUGUUCGUUACCCGCUCUCCGGCCUUGUUGGCAAUCCCGAGGACGAGGGACAAACAGUCAUACAUAAUACCAAGUACCCAAACCCAGGCGACAACACAAAGAUAUUGAACAAAAACGUAGCGGCCUGGCUCAACGGGACGGUCAGAAUCCCUGAUGACGGUAGCAGGGCUAGUAUUCCGGAUACUUACUCCAUUCAUCGCCGGUUCCAGAUCAGCCUUGGAGCACCCAACUACACUGUCUUUUCCAAUACCACCUCUCAGAACCAGUGGAUCAAGGACUUCAAGCCCAAGGAUAAGCACUAUGUUGUUUCUCUCGAGUCUCCCCAUAAUGCAAUGCACCUCGCCCUUGGCGGCUUCUACCAAAAGGACAAGUAUAAUGCUGACCCCAUCAUUGGGGCGAACGGCGAUAUGGGAGAUAACGAAACCGCCAGCUUCGACCCUAUAUUCUACUUUCACCACUGCUUCAUCGACUACGCCUUCUGGGUAUGGCAGAAGUUCCAUGAGAAGACUGAGAGGGGCGCCCUGGAAGUUAUUCCGUACUAUCCCGGCACCAUCGUGCCUGAUAAUGAGGCCAGCCCCUUUCUCCCGCCUGGAACCAAACUAAGCAUGGACACUUCGCUGUAUCCGUUCCGCAAGCCUGAUGAAACUUACUACUCCUCUCACGAUGUCACCAAUAUUGCUGAGCUCGGCUAUGACUACGAACCCGGAUCUCUAGAAUAUGUCUCCCGCGCACCGCUAGGUGAACUGCCUGAGAUUUCGAGCCGCAUCGUGAAGAUGAAGCGUGUGCAUAACAUCAGCCGCGCCGAAUAUUUGGGCUCUUUCGUUAUCCGCACCUUUGUUGGCACGAGCGAAGAAGACAAGGUCGAGAUCGGCCACGAGCCUGUGCUAAGCCGCCGGAAUAUUGCAGGCUGCGCAAAUUGCCAGAACAAGCUGGAAGUGGAGUCUUUGAUUCCCAUUUAUGAC